GAUUCGUCUGGAGGAUUCUGCAGCUUCAGCACGAGUAACUGCUUUAAUGUGAAUAUUUUAAAUACAUGAAUGUUUCACAUCCGGGUCAAACGAGCUGGGAUUCACACUGAAGACGCUGCAGUGUUAAACACCAGGAUUCAACCACAGACUGAAAAUAAAGAGGAUUCAACCACAGACUGAACUGGGUGUGAGCUAUGUCCAAAAUUGAGCGUCUGAAUGUGCGAGUGGAGAAGCUGCUGUGCAGCGCGGUGCAGGAGGUUCUGGAGGUGGUCAGAGAGACGGUGUGGGAGUACCAGGAGAAAACAGCCCGGACCCAGAGGGAGAACCAGAGUUUGAGGAAGAGGCUGCAGGAGCUCCAACACAAAAUCGACCUGGAGAGCGGUGGGACUGUGCCGCAAAUUCCCACCACAACCCAGCAGGCCGAGGUGGAACAGAGAGAGAAUCAGGAGCUGGUCGAUGAUGCUGAACCUGCUUAUAAGGAUGUUUCAGAUUCAUUUGCAGACACUGACUGUGAAGCAUCCCUCACUACUCCGUGCCUCUCCCCUGAAGCUAUGACAGAAUCACAUUUGCAUGAUGAUAACUUGAGCAAUCCCAGAACUCUCAAAAUUGAGACUGAUGACAGGUUAUCAUCACCAACUACAAAUCCUGUAGAACCCACUGCUACAAUUACAAUCGAGGAAAAUGUCUCUGUUUUGUCCCUUACAUCAAAUCAAAUGAAAGAGGAGCCCAUGUUGGAUGAGGAGACCCUGCACACACACAUUCAUCAUGUCUAUGAUGAUCCCGCGACCAGCUCGACACUCUUACACCGAUUUGAACCCCCUCAACCCAGUUCAGGACUCUACAACGUGUCGGGGUUCAUCUUCAGUCGGGGCCAAGAGCCUCAAUCUCCAAUAUACAGUCACACAAACAUUGUUGGUGCAGACUCUGGCUCUUCGGACUCGGUAUCCUUCCAGAGAAACGUCAGAAAAAACUACUGCUGCUCGUUGUGCGGUCGCACCUUCGGCCACGCGGGCGACUACAAGAAACACAGCAGGGUGCACACAGGGGAGAAGCCGUACUGCUGCUCGGUGUGUGGGAAGAGCUUCAGUCAGUCGGGCUACCUGACGGUGCAUCUACGCUACCACACGGGAGAGAAGCCGUUCGGCUGCAGCCACUGCGGCAAAAGAUUCAGCCACUCGAGUAACCUGAAGAAACACCAACAAACGCACCUGUGAGGGUGCUGUGUUUCUACAAAGCUACUGAGCCACGUCCUUCUGCUGUGAUAUCCUGAUGUUUUAUUUACGUUUUAAUCUACUGUAGAAAGUGAAUAAACUGAAUAAUGCCGGCUUCUCUACAAGCAAACACUGGAGCUACUGCACUUUGUAUUUGUUUGUUGGUUUAAUUGUACACAAAAACUUCUAAACUGAUAUCCACUGAACUUUGUAGUAGGAUGGGAGAAGCCAUUAAAUUUGGAUGCAAAUACAAAUUAGGUGGAAGAUCCAGGGAUUGUUUUAUGGAACUGUGUUUAAUGACAUGAUAAUAAGUAGUUAAUUUAGGUUAAGAGACCUUUUCCUAUUUCUUUAAUAUUUCUUUUGCAGAGUUUGACCUUCAAUGUACAACACUGUGUUUUAGAUAU